CAGUCGCAGCAUCACACGUCCUUUCCGCAGGCUGGAUGAUCGGAGACAGAGACCCGGGCUGGGAUGAUGCUUUCCCCGGCUCAGAGGGGCUUCCUCUGCGGGUUGGCUCAGCGGGCAGCGGCGGUGUGAGCUGAACAUGCCCCGGCGCGGCCCCACUGUCCUGCUCGGCCGCUCCGCGUCCUUCCUCCCGUCUUUAUUCUAGUAUUUUUUUUAUUUUUUUCCCCUCAACGCACCGUUAUUAUUUCCAGGUCAGAAUCCCUGUUUCCUGUUGCGGCUUGUUUGCACUAAAAAUGGCCGGAGAUGGCGGCGCUCUGAAGGAUAUCAAUGAGAUUAAAUCCCAGUUCCGGACCAGAGAGGGCUUCUACAAACUGCUCACCCUCUCGGACUCGCAGCAGCGCGGCGGCGGCGGCGGGGCGCUGCUGCCGCGGGCUGCGUCCGCCGGAGCCCCGCUGGGCCCCGGAGCGGUGCCCGGCCCGGGACCCGGCUCGGGGCCGGGAGCAGGGGUCGGGCUGCUGCAGGGGCCCGGGGCCGCCGCCGCCGCCGCCGCGGCUGCAGCCGCCGCGGCCGCAGCAUCCUCCUCCUCCAGCGCCGCGGCCAGCUCCUCCCCAGCGGGCUUCCUGCCGCCCGUGCGGGUCUCCAUGGUGAAGCUGCAGCCCGAAGACCCGAGCGAGGACUCCGAGAGGGUCUGCUUCAACAUCGGCAGGGAGCUGUACUUCUACACAUACACCAACAUCAAGAAGGCCGUGGACCUCAGCAAGCCCAUAGACAAGAGGAUCUACAAGGGGACGCAGCCCACGUGUCACGACUUCAACCAGUACUCGGCCACCGCCGAGAGCGUGGCGCUCAUCGUGGGCUUCUCCGCCGGCCAGGUCCAGUAUCUGGACCCCAUCAAGAAGGAAACCAGCAAGCUCUUCAACGAGGAGAGGUUCAUAGAUAAGUCCAAGGUGACGUGUCUGAAGUGGCUCCCCCAGUCGGAGAGUUUGUUCCUGGCGUCUCACGCCAGCGGCCACCUCUACCUCUACAACGUGGACCACCCGUGCGGCACGGCGGCGCCGCAGUACUCGCUGCUGCGGCAGGGCGAGGGCUUCGCCGUCUACGCCUGCAAGACCAAGACGCCGCGCAACCCGCUGCUGCGCUGGGCCGUGGGCGAGGGCGGCCUCAACGAGUUCGCCUUCUCGCCGGACGGCGUGCACGUGGCGUGCGUGGGCCAGGACGGCUGCCUGCGCGUCUUCCACUUCGACUCCAUGGAGCUGCAGGGCGUGAUGAAGAGCUACUUCGGGGGGCUGCUGUGCGUCUCCUGGAGCCCCGACGGGAAGUACCUGGCCACGGGGGGGGAGGACGACCUGGUGACCGUCUGGUCCUUCGCCGAGAGCCGCGUGGUGGCGCGGGGACACGGCCACAAGUCCUGGGUCAACGUGGUGGCCUUCGACCCCUUCACCACCUCGCUGGAGGACGAGGAGCCCAUGGAGCUCAGCGGCAGCGAGGAGGACCUCCACCAGGGGGCGCACAACAACUCCAUGCACUUCGGGAGGGUUCGAACCAGCAGCACCUUGUCGCGGUUGUCUCGGCACAGCUCUAAGGGCGGAUCGCCGUCGGUCACGUACCGCUUCGGCUCGGUGGGGCAGGACACCCAGUUCUGCCUGUGGGACCUGACCGACGACGUGCUGUUCCCGCGGCUGCCGCUGUCCCGCGCCUUCACCAACACCUUCGGGCCUUCGCUGCCCAACUCCGGCAGCGGCAGCGGCAUCAACAGCACCUCCGGUGGCGGUGGGGGGGUUAGCAGCGAUGGGGGGGGCAGCGGCGGCGUGGAGGGACACCAUCACCCUCCUAACACCAACACCGGCACCGCCAACCCCCCCACGCUGCCCCUACCGCUGCCGCGCUCCCUGUCCCGCUCCAACUCCCUGCCCCACCCCGCGGUGGCCAACGCCUCCAAGGGCACCGGCUCCUCCGAGGGCGGCGGCGGCGGCGGCGGGGGGGGCGGGGGAGGCAGCGGAGGAGGGAACACCACCCCGUUCAGCAUCGGCCGCUUCGCCACGCUGUCCCUCCAGGAGCGGAAGUCGGACAAGUCGGGCAGCGGCACCGGGGUGGAGAAGGAGCACAAGCGCUACCACAGCCUGGGAAACAUCAGCAAGAGCAACGACAAGAUCAACGUGGCGCCGCGGAGCAACCGGCUGGACGGCGCCAAGGUGCUGGGCACCACGCUGUGCCCGCGGAUGCACGAGGUGCCGCUGCUGGAGCCGCUGGUCUGCAAGAAGAUCGCCCACGAGAGGCUGACGGUGCUGGUGUUCAUGGACGACUGCAUCAUCACGGCCUGCCAGGAGGGCCUCAUCUGUACGUGGGCGCGGCCGGGGAAGGCGAACUCGACAGCACAGAACGGGAACUCUCCGAGCGGCACUGUGGUAUAGCUGAAGGAGAACCUUUGCACUCCCCCCUCCCUCGUCCUCCUCCACCUUCUGUCCGACGGCGUCCCCGCCCUCGACUACCGGACACGUGCCAAGGCCGGAGGCCGUCCUCGGUCUGCCGCCGCAGUAUUAAACCGCCAGUGUUGCUCACCGUGGCACAAAGAUGGGAAACCGCUCUCAAAACCAGGAACACUGAAGUCACCUGAGCAGAUUCAAGACGUUAAACCGCCGGCGGCGGCACAAGCCGGUCUUCUUCUGUCUCAUCUUACUACUACUUACACGCCAUAAUAACUGAAUACUGAAACAUACAGGGUGGUGUGAGAAGAGAACGUGCAUUUUGCAUUUAGCUGCAGUCAAAUGCUACGGAAGAGUAUUAGGGCCAUGCAGGAGAAAGAAUAUUUGAUAUUUUUUUUAUUGUGCACUUCGAGAAAAAAGUCGAAAUGUCGAGAUUAAUGUGGAAAUACAAUUUCAAGAAGAAAGUUGAAAUUUCCAGAAUAAAGUCGAAAUUUCGAGAAG